UGCCACUAAGUCCCGUUAUACACAUACUCAGCAGCAGCACUAAAGCAGCCCGCUGCUGACGGGGGACAGGGAGCCUGUAUACAGUAUACACAGUGUAUAUAAUACAGACAGCAGCAGUCUGCUAUACAGAGGGCCGGGCCGGGAGUGCUGAGCGGGAACAGGGCAGCAGUGUACAGAAGAGUAAGCGGGAGCCCCCGAGAGAGCGGCCAGUGGGGGAGGGGAGAGAAUAAAGUAGAAGAAAGAGGGUGCUGGGGAGUGGUGGGCACGGCAGGGCGCUGCUGCACACAGCCAAACAAGGGAUAGGAGGGAAGCAGGGGAGGGAGACGAGUAGCAGCAGGGCAGACUGGCGGACGGUUACUGGGAGCAGCAGCAGCAGCAGCAGCAGCAGCAUGUCUUUGUCGGUGCCGCAGAACGGGCUGCAGGAGGACAAAGACAAUCUUAUAGAACUCUUUGUCAAGGCUGGCAGUGAUGGGGAAAGUGUCGGGAACUGUCCUUUCUCGCAGAGGCUUUUCAUGAUCCUGUGGCUAAAAGGAGUGGUGUUCAAUGUGACAACAGUUGACUUAAAAAGAAAACCAGCUGAUUUACAAAAUCUUGCCCCUGGAACACAUCCGCCAUUUAUAACCUACAACCAUGAUGUGAAGACCGAUGUAAAUAAGAUAGAGGAGUUUCUAGAAGAAGUGCUUUGCCCUCCAAAGUACCGCAAAUUAGCAGCAAAGCACCCAGAAUCCAACACAGCCGGCAUGGACAUAUUUGCUAAGUUUUCGGCAUACAUCAAGAACUCCAAGCCAGAUGCCAAUGAAGCAUUGGAGAGAACAUUGCUGAAAACGUUACAGAAGCUGGAUGAUUAUCUGAACUCGCCACUUCCAGAUGAAAUUGAUGAGAAUAGUAUGGAGGACAUUACAGUUUCCAACCGUAAAUUCUUAGAUGGUGAGGAUAUGACUUUAGCAGACUGCAACCUAUUGCCGAAGCUUCAUAUUGUCAAGGUGGUUACCAAAAAAUACAAAAAUUUUGACAUCCCAAAAUCGAUGACCGGGAUCUGGAGAUAUCUGAGCAAUGCAUACUGCAGAGAUGAAUUCACCAACACUUGUCCAGGAGAUCGGGAGAUAGAAAUAGCAUAUGCAGAUGUAGCCAAAAGGCUCACCAAGUAAACCUUGGCACUGAAAACCAGACGAGGCCUUAAUUUUCAACAGAUCUUUUCUGCAGAACCUUGUGGGACAAAACCUCAAUUUAUUUUUGUUUUUAAUAUGUGUUUUGUUCCUUCCUAAACCUGAACACAGAGCAAAAUGAGGCCUAUAGUAGUCCCAUAAAAUAUUUUCUUUUAGAAUUCUUAUUUACGUCCCAUAUAAAAAUGAUGUGUAUUUGUAUGUGAUAUAUUUAUUGGGAUACAUAAAAAAAUGGCUGCCAAGUAUAGUGUUAGAAUGCUGAAAAUUUUGACACCCUUGCCAAGAAAAUGUCUUUUUUUACUUAAAAAGUAAACUAAUAUCUUGGGUAGGUUUAUACAUUUAUUUAUUUCUAUUUUUUUUAAUUAUUUGCCGUCCAUUUAAUGAGAUGCUGUGCCAUACUUACAUCCAAAUAGUGACAUAGUGACUUACCAUUGUCUGAUCAUGUGAGGUGUAAUAAUUGCUACAACUUGUUAAUACAUUAUACAGAUCUAUAAAUCUCUUUAUCCUGCAUUUACUCUUAUAUGCCUUAGUAAAGGAAGUGUUGAGUGUUAAA